CAAGGGGUUUUCUGGGGCUCGAGCCGAUGCCGGGCAUCAAUCCUUUUGCGAGCUCGUUGCCCCAGCGUUGGGGCGGAUGUUCUUCGACCCAUUUUUGACCGACGAAGAUGACGGCAUCACCCCUGCCAGGGCCGCAGGCACCAGCGGAGAGAAGGUGACGCUGACCACCAAUAGCUUCAGGAUAGUUUGGGAGGGUAAGGACAGCUACAUCUUCCAGUACCAGUACGAUCUGCCGGAUCGCGAUAUAAGCCAACGGGAGGAGAAGAAGCUGCUGGAGCAGGUUUGGGGCGACCUGAAGCAGAAACUCACCCAUUUUAUCGUGCGGUGUCCUGGGGAAAUUUUCUCCCCCAAGCUGGUGCCGGAUUUCAGUGUGGCUGUGAAAGGCGGAGAUGGAGAUGAAACUUCUCAGUUCAAAGUUAGCUUUAUGUCCAAGAUCCACGCCGACCAGAUCAACGAGGGCAUCAUGGGGACUGCGUCCGUGGUUGGGCAGCACAUAGUCCGAAAACUGGCGGAGCCGCUGCGCAUCCAGAAGGUGGGCAAGCGCUACUACAACAACUGCCCGCAGGGCAAGACGAAUCAGCUGGUGAUCAUCGGUGGCUUUUGCGCAAAUAUGGCAGCUGUGGGCAAAGCUGGGCCGCUGUUGCGCUUGGACAUGACCCCUCGCCUGGUCAGGAAGGAGACAAUCGCCAAUACUGUGUUGGAGGUGUGCAGAGGCAACGGUAUGGAUCCCUGGGCUUUCACGGAGGAUGCGGUCAAGGCGGAGUGGUGCAAACACUGCGUCUCAGCCACUGUGGUCACGAGCUACAACAGUCGGGUUUACAGGAUCAAGGCAGUGCACUUCGACAUGAACCCCGCUGAUAAGUUCACGAUGUACCACCGCGACUCCAAGGAGUAUACCAAACUCAGCUAUGCCGAGUACCUUCAGGCCUUCUACAGCAUGCCCUGCACACACGAGAACCAGCCGCUGCUGGAGGCGUAUCCUGAGAAGGCCAGCGAGCAGGUGUUUCUGCUGCCGGAGUUUUGUUCACAGACAGGCCUCAGCCCAGAGAUGCGCAAGGACAAGAGCUCUUAUGUGGAGGCGUUGAAGCAGCUGAAAGUGGCGCCGCAGGACCGCUAUGAGGCCAUCAUCACCCACGCGAAAGACAUGUGCACCCAGCAGACUGUCAUGAAGGAGUGGGGCUGCUACCUGCCCAGCAAGCCGCUGCAGGUUGAAGGGCGCCUCCUGAGCUCCUUGCAGGUGGCAUACAAGGAGAAGAAGUUCGGAACAGUGGAGGAGGGCAGUUGGGAGAGAUCCCUCCGCAACGGCCUGCAGUGCGCGGUGAAGCUGGAGAAGUGGCUCCUGGUGUAUCCGAAGGAGGACGAGCAGGUGGUGGACAUCUGGCUGGGCUCCUUCCGCGACAUCGCGCAGGUGGCCUUUGGCCUCACCACCGCGCAGCCCACGCGGAUUGUCCUGGACACCAUGGGGCAGCUCUACACGACCCUGAAGACAGUGAUGCCAGACCGGCCCGAGCUGGUCCUCCUCCUGAUGCCGCACAAGGAAACCAAAGCCUAUAUGGUCUUCAAGAGGACCAUGGCCACCGAGUUUCCCUGCAUCUCACAGGUGGUGACCAGCGAGACCAUCCGCAAGCGCCAGAACAUCGCCAAGAUCCUAAGCCGAGUGGUGCUCCAGAUCAACGCGAAGUUUGGUGCACCGCUCUGGAACAUCAUUCCCCCUGAGCAAGCGGAGGACUCCCAGGACUUUGUUGACUUUAAGAAGACCCCCUCCAUGGUGGUGGGCAUUGAGCUCCACGAGACCAGCUGCACCCUGGGGCUCGUGGCGACGCUGGACAACACCUUUUCGCAGCACUUCUCCAAAGCCGCCAUGAUGGACAAGAAGGAGGCCGAGCCUGGUACCUGGCGCAGCAGCAUGACCCAGAAGUUGCAGGAGCUGUUUCGAGAUGCGCUGCUCAGGUAUGCCUGCGACAACGACCAAGUUUUGCCUGAGACCAUCAUCGUGUAUCGUGGCUCUGUGAACCCCGAGCAGCAGCAGCUGGCCGAAGUGGAGCUCAAGGCGUUGAAGGAAGUACUGAAAGUUCUUCAGAAGAGCACCCAAGCUGACCGCACGCCCAGCAUCGUUUUCAUCACGGUGGCCAAAGCCAGCAACCUGCGGCUCUUCGCCCUAGGCGGCGCAGAGUCCCAGGACAAAGCUGUGGCUGGGAAGAAUCCGAGUUCAGGGACUGUGGUGGACAACCCAGACUUCUGCGCUGGCAAAGUGCCCAACUUCUACCUGGUCAGCCAGGCGUUCAUCAAGGAUUCCAAAGGGACCGCAGUCCCAGCCCACUACUCGGUCCUGGAGAAUGGGAAGGACAUGACCCUGGACUUCCUUGAGCAACUUACUCACAGGCUUUGUAUGAUGUACUUCAACAGCGACAGGGCGGUCCGGCUCCCCGCUCCGCUGAUGUACGCCCGGAAGCUGGCAGUUCAUGUUGGCACCGUGGUCAAGCAGGAGCCCGAUCCAUCUCUCUGCAAGAGUCUCUUCUACCUGUAGAGCCUCUUCUACCUGUAGAGCCUGGCGCAUCCUGGCUGUCCGACUGGGCUUCAGCGUCCAAAUGAAAUCCUUACAUGAAAGCCGUAUAGGUAUUGGCAGACUUUGAGUGUACAGAAAGCA